CUCCGUAUCCGAACCCCGGCCCUGUACGGCCGGCGUGGCCGGAGCCUGGCUGUCCGGCGACUCUGCGCUUCAGAAUUACCGAGAGACUAGAACUCUUCGUCCGACACCUGGAGUUCUUUCUGUUGAUACGAGCCGGGAGGCCGUAGCUCGAAGCCAUGACCGCCGAACCGCGGUCGGCUUCGUUCAGGGGGUUAUUGUCAUUUAAGGAUGUGUCUGUGGAGCUAUCUUGUGAAGAAUGGCAGCUAUUGGACUCUGCACAACAGCACCUAUAUAGAGAGGUGACUCUGGAGAACUACAGCAACCUGUUGUCAGUGGGCUAUCUUGGGUCCAAACCUGAUUUAAUCUUCAAGUUGGAGCAAGGAAAAGAACCAUGGAUAAUAAAUGCCAAAAUGUCCACCCAGAGCUGUCCAGAAGACUGGAAGGAAUGGUGCCAGAAAAAUCAAGAUGAGAAUGUUCUGAGAAGCUAUACAUGUAAUGUGUUUGGAAAACUUUUUAUGAACAAAACAUAUGUUUCUUCAAGGCAGAGACUCCAUAAGCAUACCACGCAUGGAACACAUGUGGUAGAAAACUUGAGCUCAAGCAGAAUUUCUGUAAGAAAGAAUCCUGAUCGAUUUCAUAGUUAUAAAGAAUCUUAUUUCUUUAAGCAUCAAAGACAUCGUAGCUUGGAAAAAAACUGUAUAUGUAAUGAAUGUGGGAAAGCUUUUCGUUGUAAAUCACAGCUUGUUGUACAUUUCAGAAUUCAUACAGGGGAGAGACCGUACAAGUGCACAAAAUGUGAACGAGCCUUCAGUGCCAAGUCAAACCUUAAUGCUCAUCAGAGAGUUCACACAGGAGAAAAGCCCUACUUAUGUAGUGAAUGUGGUAAAGUUUUUUCUUUUAGGUCGCAGCUCAUUGUACACCAAGAAGUUCACACAGGAGAGAAGCCCUUUUGUUGCAGUGAAUGUGGGAAAUCCUAUAGUUGGAAAUCUCAGCUUAUUUUACACCAGAGAAGUCACACAGGAGUAAAACCUUAUGAGUGCAAUGAAUGUGGAAAAGCAUUUAGUUUGAAGUCCCCAUUCAUUGUCCAUCAGAGAACUCACACAGAAGUGAAACCACAUAAAUGCAAUGAAUGUGGGAAGGCAUUUAGAAGUAAGUUCUACCUCCUUGUUCACACCAGAAUGCACACUGGGGAGAAACCUUAUCAAUGCAGUGAUUGUGGGAAAACUUUCAAUGUGAAAACACAAUUCAUUGUACACCAGGGAGUCCACACUGGAAAAAAUACUUAUGAGUGCAGUCAGUGUGGCAAAGCCUUUGGCCGGAAGGAGCGGCUCACAGCUCAUUUGCGAGCUCAUGCAGGGGAGAAACCCUAUGGUUGCAGUGAGUGUGGAAAGUCUUUCAGCAGCAAGUCAUAUCUUGUUAUACACAGGAGAACUCACACAGGAGAAAGACCCUAUGAAUGUAGCAUAUGUGAGCGAGCCUUCUAUGGAAAAUCACAGUUGAUUAUACACCAGAGAACUCAUUCAACAGAGAAGCCUUAUGAAUGCAACGAGUGUGAAAAAGCUUAUUCCAGGAAGGCAUCCCUUCAGAUACACCAGAAAAUUCAUUCUGGAGAGAAACCUUUUAAGUGUAAUGAGUGUGAGAAAGCUUUCACUCAGAAGUCCUCUCUAAGUGAACAUCAGAGAGUUCAUACACGAGAGAAACCCUGGAAAUGCUCUGAAUGUGGGAAAUCUUUUUGUUGGAAUUCAGGACUUCGUAUACAUCGGAAAACUCACAAGACAGACAUCCAAGUGAUAAAGUGAAUUAUAGACUCUGUUCACAGGUGCUGCUGGUAUACCAGAGAGCCCAGGUUAUAUUCCAGACAUAAUCUAUUGGAGAAUAGUCAUAUAUGUAAUGAGGCUGCAAAAACUUUCACAAGUUGGUUAUAUAAAUCUUAGCUGAGAAGAGAAAAGUUGAAAGAAUGAAGAAUAAUAAACAUACCAAGUGUGCUUGGUUCUGUCAUGGA